AAGUGACGUCGUAUCGCAAGCACGCGCGCGCGUGUGUUAUAAUACGGCGGUGACUUUUUUACGCGCAUUGUGCGCAUUGUUAGAGUCGCAGCAGUGCAAGUGCGCGCAGCUCAUCCUACUGCUUUUGUCUGCCGCUCGCGCGAGACAAUGCCCAGAUACACUUACUUUGUUCCAUCUUUUUUGCCGUGACUUCGCAUAGACGGACGAAUGUUGCGCAGUUGCGCCGCGAAAAAUCGCGCGCUCCGUUCUCGAUUAGCAUAAUACUUAAGUUCUCACGCCGACGAGGCAGUAGGCACCUGCGCGACACAAAGAAAUAUAAAGAGUCGAGGAGGGCUCGGUCGAUCAAGAGGCUCGCUACCUCGCAGCCUCGUAUACAGCACUCCCGCGCACGAGAAGGCCGUGGAGGAUGUGAUCGCACAGAGCGCUGAUGGCGACGGGGAAGCUGCCUGACGUCAUCGGAGCUCGGCGCAUGCGCGGCAGCUCUCGCGUAGGUACGGCGGAGCGAGCAGACAGACAGCCAGCGAGCAGCGAGCAGCGAGAGCGAAGCAGCGACCAAGUCUGUGUAUACUCUGUGGAGUGGCUGCCAUGGACGGACGCGGUCCCGUGUCUGCCUACCUUGGCCGACUCCUCGCGUCCAGCUGAAAUCGCCGUCCGAGCGAUACGCGUCCCGCACCAGUGCGCGCGAGUGUCCGCGUGUGUGUCGAGAAGGCGGUAUACGAGGAGGGAAACUCGCGAGGUAGCAGGCUGCUGCUGCACGCAGUCACGUACGCACGCUAGAGGGACGGAGAGAGAGCGAGACAUCCGUCUGGCUGUCGAGAAAGAUCGGCUGACGUACGGACGGCUCUCCCGUCUGCAGCGCAGCAGUUUCUCCAAUCUUUACGUCCCUGUGCCUCCCCGCGUGCAUGCAGCGUGUGGCUGGCCCUGCAGCGCAGCCGAGUGCUCGUGCAUAGAAAACGAGCGGAGAGUGAGAGUAUACGGAGCAGCACGAGGAUGAAGGAAUAAUGGCGCAGUGAGUGCAGCAGCAGCGGUCGACGGAAGAGUCUCCGCACACUCGACAUGGAUUCGAUCAGGAAGUGGUUCUACAGGCCGAAGCGGGAGGACCGGAGCCUGCUGGCCCAGUUCUUCUACGCGGACGAGUCGCUGAACGGCGUCGCCUGCGAGCUCGACUCGUUCGACGGCCGACAGGAGCCGGAGCGCUGCACGAGCCUGGUGAACCAGCUGCGCCACUGCCAAGACAAGGUGCUGACAAUCUGCAACCAGAUAAUGGACGAGCUCAUCCCAGACGCCCGGGCAAACCGGGACUUCCGCGUCAAGUUCCCCGACGACGUGAUGCAGGAGAACCUGGCCGGGCAGCUCUGGUUCGGCGCCGAGUGUCUCGCGGCCGGCAGCUCGAUCCUGAACCGCGAGGCCGAGAGCUCGAACAUGCGGCCCCUGGCGACCGCCCUCACCAAGAGCCUCGAGAUCGUGAGGAACCUGCUGAGGGAGCAGGCGCUCAAGGGACAGACGAGCCUCAAGGCGCAGAACCCCCUGGAGCCGGCCACCGAGAAGCUCAUCGAGUCGCUCAAGAUCUUCGACAGGCUCUUCGCCGAAUUCGAGCUCUGCUACGUGGGAGUCAUGGUACCGGUCAAGUCCACCAAGGAGUACGAGCAGCAGGAGCUCGUCUGCGUCCUCUUCUCGGAGACGCUGCAGAGGGCCCUGGAGAGGGGGCUGCUCAGCCAGGCCGACGUCGACAACUACGAGCCCGCCCUCAUGUUCACCAUUCCCAGGCUGGCGAUCGUCGCCGGGCUUCUGGCGCCGCCCGGAGGGCCGCUUUGCCUCAACUCGGUCGACACCAUGAGCGAGAUGUUCAGACCCUUCAGGACGCUGCUCCUGAAGAUAAGGGAGCUGCUCUGGACGCUGAACAACCGGGAGCUGUACAUGCUUGAGAAGCUCCUCUGCUCGAUUGAGGAGGCGUCGGGUACGAUGGAUCAGAGCGGCGGUCAGGAGGUGCCGGACCUCGAGGAGUUUGUCUACAACUUCUACACGGGUUACCCGAACUGCAAGGACUUCAUCGCCGACUUCUAUACCGUUACGAAAAACAACGGUAGCAACAUGGACGAGGUGGCCAACGAUGCGGUUCUCAUACUCGAGCAGGGCAAUUCCAGCUCGGAUGUACUUGCCGCCGCGAGCAGUGCCAAGGAUGGCAAGAAAAGCAGUGCUGGGGCAGAGGAUCGGGAGCAGCAGUCGCAGAGCUCACCGACUCGGGGAGAGACUUCCGGAAACAGAGCGCCCGCGGGGAGACACGACUCGAGCGGCUCGUCGGACUUCUAUUCUUCGUGUCGUGUCGUUGCAGGUGACUCGGUAUCGGUCGAGAUUCCACAAACGCAAUACCUUUUAAACCAAGUCACCCACGAGAACAACCUGCCCGGCGAAAACUCUGUCGAGAUCCAGAAUUCGCUUCCGGACAUCGACUCGAGGAAGCUCAUAUCAGAAAAGAACAAGACCUUGUCGAACCUGCUGCUCGAAGCAGAGUGCCAGAACGAGAUAUCCGAGCAGACGGACUCAGGAAUCUGCACCGUCAUAUCCUCUGAGAACACGAGCCUCUACGACAAGAGUCCCGAGGAGAAGAAGAGCUUCGCCAACGAGCUCGAACAGAGCGACCAGCACGACGGAGAAGACCCGGAUCCCAAGAGGGACGAGCUAGACGAGGAGGAGAACACGAGCUACUCCUGCUCGAAUUUGAAUUCACCAACGCGUCGAGACUCGACCAAGUCCGACAACUCGUGCGUCUGCAGCAGUCGAGGUCACAGGUCCUCUCAAACCUAUCUCAAGUCCGCGCUUGAGUCUUGCGGCAGCAGCAAGCAGAGCAGCCGCAUGUCUUCGCACAUACACGGCUCGAACGAGGAAAUAAUUGGCAUCGCCUACGGCCAGGGCCAAAUUCCCGUUUGCGAAGGCAAUCAACAACCAAGCUUCCAUAUCAACUACACCGAGAACUGGGAGAACCUCAACCUUAACAUCGAGGCCUCCUCCUCCCGACGGGAGUUCUGGAACGACCUCAAAUGCGAAAACUGCCCGUCAAGCUCCCAAGGCAAAGACAAGUCCGCCUCGAUGACCAACAGCAGCGGCAGCAGGAAACGCAAGGAGGAGAAACAGAGGCGACGGCACCAUCGCAGAAAACACGAGGUACCCAAAGAGCACAACCAGGCAGCGGCUGCGUCUCGCGAGAAUCAAUCGGGGAGACGACACGGGGCCUUGUAUCGGUCAAGCGUACAGCUACCCACGAGCACCGAGAGUUCGCGUUCCAACUCAACCGACCGUUGCUUGAAGCCGCGAUUCAACAACUUCGGCGCUAGUCUUCACCCUAGUCAGAACACCCGGCAGAUGCCUAACUUCGGAGGCGUCAGUCCACACGCGAGUCCUCGCAUGCAGCACUUUGAGACGCGCCGUUCGUACAACUCUUCUCAGAGCAGGAAGCUGCUGGACCACCGCCGAUGUCGCUCUGAACAGUUGCAACGCGUGAAGAAACGGGACGGUGUCAAGAGAGAAAGGCUCGGCUACAAGCCGGAUCAGUACAAGAAGAGAAAUGACGCUAGCGCCGGGACCGUCGAGAGUGAAUUGAUCAACGAUGGCCUCGGCCCGAGGACUAACAAAAGUGGCAUUGUGACCGGUGAACACGUGACGCGCGUCCAGGUUGGCUCGUCCAAAACUGAGAAGCGACCGUUGAAGUCGAAACUCGACGUGUCCGCGAGUGCGAGGGCAGAGCUCGUUUCGAGUUCCAGCUGCUCGAGCUGCUUCGACUCCAGUUCCGAGACCAGCGAGUUUCAAAGCGACUGUCAAGAUGACGAGGAGAUCGCGCUUGCCAUGCAGGCCGCUGAAAUUGCCAAUAGGAAUCAGAUCAGAGCAAAGUUUCGGUCUUCUGAGGACUUGGUUCACCGGCUAUUCGUCUGCAUAGCCGGAGUAGCAGAUCAACUGCAAACGAAUUUUGCGUCGGAUCUGCGAAACAUACUGAAGUGCGUAUUUUUGAUGAACAGUAGUCAGCCAGCAAACGAGGAGGAGAAAAUCGACGAUCCACCUCCCUCCCCGAUCGAAUUAAACGUGCCUAGCUCGAACGACAGUAUAGAACGUCAGGAUUCCGUGGAAGACAAUGAGACACCCGGAGAUCACGAGCAUACCGAGGAACGAAGUUCCCCGGUGACAGAACGAGGCGAAGAGUGCGUAGAACGCGCUCCUGUCUGGGUUCCAGACAGCGUGGCUCCGCGCUGCAUGGCCUGCCAGGCAGGCUUCACUGUAGUUCGUCGUCGCCACCACUGCAGAAACUGCGGCAAAGUCUUCUGCGGUCGCUGUAGUGGCAACAGCGUACCUCUGCCGCGCUAUGGACACACUAAGCCCGUGCGGGUCUGUAACCGCUGCUUCCUCUACCAAGUGACGCCAUUUACCGUAUCGCCGGUUGCCCCGACUAGCUGAAGACCAUUGCUUCGUGCCCUGCCUGUAUAAAAAGACUAACUUUGACCCACGCGCACACUCAUCGCUCGCGACGGAGAUCGCCGCGGAUGUGCUUUCAAACGCUCAUGUGUUCUUGAGGACGGAAACUUGCGGAUUCUCGAGAUCCCGGCUUUCUUUGCCUUGACAAGUGAUUCAAUGUGGAUGUAAGUCUGUAGUUUAAGGAAUAGUGUUUUGAGAAUAUUGAAUCACACUCGUACUUGUCUUUGCGUUUUCCAAGCAAGCUCGAAUGUUCGAUACAACGGUGAAAACAAACCUGGAGAGUAAUUAUUCGCGCGAAGCUUUCGAAUAUUUUCUAACUCGGUGAAACGUUCUUUGACUUUUUGUUCUGCAUACUUCACGUGUAGUUGUCAUUGUGCCGGCUUCUCGCCCGGUUUGCAAUAGGUCCAGGCAUAUCUCUCGAAUGUGGUUAGAAAAAACGAUACACCUUCUGAAUUAUUCGAUUUGAAAUAUAAUUGUAAAAAUAAAAAUAACAUAUAUGACGUUGUAUAAAAUGGCGUACAAGUGUCAUUCUUGUAUACGAGUGGCUAACGCGAGAGAGUUUAUACUAUAAAGACGAAUAACGACAAUAUUUAACGCGGGAUCUAAACGUUGCGUACAUGUUUGCGAUUUCUACGUAGCUUGACAUUUAAUUCCCUGGCAAAGUUUACUCGUCAAACUUGAAUUUCAAUAACUUUAACGUGUAAAUGCUGUAUAUAUGAUAUAUCAAUUAGUUAAUCGUUCAGUUAGCGUUAAGUAAAACUGCCUGUGCCGAAUAUUCCUUGGCACACAACGACACUUUUAUCAUGGAUAUAUCUGUUGACACGAUAACAAUAAAGAGAUUUACGUGCCAAAUUCAUAAGACAAUAAAUGAAAUUUUUUCCUGUCGAUAUUCGUCACGCUUGAAAUUUUUCAAAAAGAUAGACGUUUUUUAAUGUUUAAUGAAAAAGCUGCAUAACCAAGGAAUAUUCGAUUUAGUACUUGUGCAUUUGGAUUCGAAAGACUGUUCUCAAACAUAGAUGUUAAAGUAUUAUAGAAUAUCUCGUGUAAUUUAUUCGGCGUAAGUCUUGGAAGCGCGCGAUUGUAAUUUGACGUAAUAUUAACGACAGGUUAAUUAUAGACUUACUUGUGGAUUGAAAUUUUAUAAUCUACUUUUCUAAUUUCUAGUGUUAUUAAAAACUGUACAAUCUCCUAGAAAAUUGAUGGUAAAUUUUAAACUUUUAUAAAAUCGGUAUUACUCUCGUAACAGCAGACUAAUAUAUACUUUUAAGUGUUUCAUUAUUUCAGAAUAUCAAUCCAUGUUUUUCAAAACUCUUUGUUAAAUGUUUCGAUUUUCGCGGACAUUCCAUCUACCAAUGCUAUAAUUACACAAUGCUUAGCACGACUGCAGGGGCUCGGGCGAGACAGAAAUGAUGAAAAGUGGCCUACUCGGAAACUUAUCUUCAUUUUCGACUAAAGUUUCGACUAAAGUUAAUAAACGAUAAGCUAAAAAUGCUCCUUACUACUGCUUGACUCUGUGUCAAAAUAGAUUGUAAUCCUAUUCAUCGUUGAUUCCAGCGGAUUUCCACUGCGGAUCCUUAAGCGUAAUUAAAGUAGCAUCCUAAGAUAUAUAGUGAAAUUCAAACACCAAUCGCAAUUCUUUCGACGUGGUAUUUUUUAUAAAAGUUAAUGAAUAUGACCAAGUCUUAGUCAUAAGCGUUUUGAGACGGCUGAAAAAGAUAAUUUUUUAAAUGUCUGGUGUAUAAUUUAUGCAAUAGAGUUAACGAGUGAACUGUAAAAUUUACGAAUUCUAAAAAAAAACGUGAAAAAGAUGUUGAAAUUCUCCGGCAAGUUUAUCUACAAUAAAGCUCGCUUAAGGCCUUUUUAUGCGCGAGUCUAGUUGCGCAUUCAAACUUGUCAAUGACACAUAUGAAAUGAAUUGAAAGUUUUUGUGACCUAGUCAGAUAAGGUCAACUUAACUGUUUCAACUGAGUGAGAGAAAGAGAGCGCGUUUUUUGGUGGAUCCCAGCUUGAGAUUACUUUCUACGCAAACUCUUGAAUUUUUUUUGCUACUACUAUUCCCGAUCCCAACUACCGAUGCAUAUACGCAAUCAAUGUAACGCGCAAACUCAUUUUUAUGGAACACCAAAAGCCAAACGAAAGCUGAAAUAAAAUUUCGAAUUUCGCUUGAGAGCGCGAAAGCAAUAACUAGAAUGAGCAAAAAGUGAAUGUGAAAUCGCACUUAUUUUUGUAUAUACGUAUGAUUUGCUGAGUGUUAGUGUACAUGAAAGUGGCCAGCGGCCUUUCGUGCUAUCCCUCGGUUCAGGGAAAACAGCAUAAACAUGCCUUCAUCGUAUAAAUAAAAGUUAGAUUUCGAAUUUCAACCAGUUCCAAAGGCGAGCUCUGUCCUGCGUGUUAAAGUAAUGCGAGGUGAAUCGAGUUUGUCAUCUCAAAAAGUCACCGAUACGAUAUAGUUGGUGACGCGGUAACGAGACUGGGUGUCGCUGUAUAUCAAUGAACACGUACACACUCACACGAACACAGGCGCAAUUUCACAAGUGUAACCAAUGUGUAUAAUAUGCUCGCACUGCUAUGUAUGAACGAACAUUUUUUGAGAAAUGAUACGUAGCGAUUUUCAAGAGGUGGCAAUGCACUGAACGUAGUCAGUAAGCAAAUGUAUAUCGAGGAUGGUCAAGCAACGCUAACUCUGUAAACUUUGCGGUUUAGCGGUUUUGGUCGACAUUUUUUAAAACUAUGACGAUUAUGAUGAACGAUAAUGAAUGUAAAUAAAGUUUGUUAUUCUAA